UCCUCUGCACUUUAUGCUAUUCCAUGAAUACCAGGAAGUGACUGAAGCUCUACAGUAAGAGCAACAGAAUACAAAAGGUCUCUGUAUAAUUCGGUGGCACAGUAGAGUUCCUGUCCCUCUCUGAAAAAACCUGACAGACACAGUCUUGUCGAACACAGAUACAGUGAGAGAGAGAGAGAGAGAGAGAGAGAGGGAGAGAGAGGGAGAGAGAGAGAGAAGCAUUCACUGUUAGGGAGCACUAUGAGCUUUGUUUCUGUUCUUAUGCCCCUGGUCCUGUCCAUGGUCCAUGUGUCAGGGGUGGCUGAGGACCCACUGCUCCCUUUCUCUGAGUACCUGGACCAAGACAGCACCAUCAGGCUCAGCUGGGGCUUUGACACCCAGAAGGACUCUAUUCUCUUUGAAGUGAGAGCGAGGACCACUGGCUGGGUUGGCUUUGGGUUCAGCCCCAACGGGGGCAUGGAUGGAGCUGACUUAGUUAUUGGAGGAGUGGACACCAAAGGCUUAUAUUUUACGGAUAGGCAUGGUGUGGGCAACUCCCUGCCACCUCUGGACAAGCAGCAGGACUAUAGACUCCUUGCUCUGACCGAGGCAGAUGGACAAACGGUGAUGAAGUUCGAGCGCUCCAUCAGGGCCUGUGAUAAAUAUGACCUCCCAAUCACUGAAGUGCCAAUAAAGCUGAUCUAUGCAUAUGGCCAGAGUGAUGACAUUAGUUACCACAGAAGACAGCGGGGCACAAAGGAAGUGAACCUGUUGAAGUACAUGCCUCAAGCCAGGAUUUCCGACAGCAAAUACUUUGACCUGACUGUGACCAAUUUCACUAUACCCUCCAAAAGCACACACUACCACUGCAAGAUUAUGAGACUCCCAGCACUCGAUCAGAAAUAUCACAUCUAUCGUGUGGAACCAUUGUUGGAGAAUCGAGACCUAGUACAUCACAUGCUGCUAUACCGCUGCCCGCCGACUGUGACUACACCGUAUGAGCACGCAUGCUACGAGACGGAGGAAGCAACCGAGUGCUACCAGGCCGUGGCAGGCUGGGGGGUGGGAGGAGGAGCCUUUGAACUUCCUGAAGUGGCUGGCAUCCCCGUAGGGGGAGAUGGAGGGAAAAUUCUGUAUAGGCUUGAAUUGCACUACAACAACCAGAAUCAGAGUCCAGGUAUUGUAGACAACUCAGGCUUCCGGCUCUAUUACACCGCUCAGCUGCGUGAGUAUGAUGCCGCUGUCCUACAGGCAGGACUAGCAGUGGCUCCUGGGUAUGCAAUCCCACCAAACGCAUCGGCCUUCCUCUCCUAUGGCCUGUGUGACACCCACAAUAUUCCCCAGGUGCUCUCUGAGCCCACCCGGGACAUGCAGGUGUUCUCAGUCAUCCUACACACCCACCUGACUGGACGGAAGGUGCGGGUUGGCCACUUCAGGGACGGAGAACAGAUUGAUUUCUUAAUUACGAAUGAACACUACAAUUUUGAAUAUCAGCAAGCCAUAAAUCUGGGAAAAACAAAGACAGUUCAGAUGGGUGACAAACUCCUGGUGGAAUGCACAUAUAACACCAGUAGUCGAUCAGGACUUACUUGGGUGGGGUUGUCCACUAUUAAUGAGAUGUGCCUGGCCUUUCUCUACUACUACCCAGCAAUGAAUCUCAGUAACUGCAUUAGUUUCCCAGACCAGAAAGCCCUGUUUACCAAGAUGGGUGUCUAUAAUGCAGCAGACUGGAUUAAAAUGAUGUCCACAAAGACAUGGAAUGAAAUGUCAAUCAAUGACUAUCAGCAAACACUAAAGAUGAUUCAACAGAACACAGUAGUGGGAAAUGUAACGGACCACGCAUCAUACAGCACAGGGAUUAUACCUGAGCUCAAAGCAACUUCGUCUGUGAGCUGCAAAAGGAACCGUUCUGAGGUGACGAGGCUGGCCGUGAGUUCACGGCUGCUCCUCCUGCUGACAGCAGCAUACACACUCACAUAGCACUUUUUACAAACCCCACCGGGGGUGCACAGGGGCGCAUCAGUCAGACCACUACAACAUAAAAAUUCAAGUGGUGUUUGAACGAGUAGUACUUGUUUUGCUGACUUUGCCUAAUGAAGUUUGACUGGAGAAAAAGUAAUUAUUACUGUAUGCAUCUGAUCAAUGGGUAUACUUGGGUAUCUUUCUAAUUUACUUAGAUUGUUCUUCAGAAUUAAUGUAACAUAACAGAUUAGUUUCAUAACGCACCUGCGUUAAUGUUCUCGGUUGAUCAAUGUUCAGUUAAUUAAAAAAAAAGUCGCAAGUUUGUUUUAAUUUAUAUUUAUUCCAUGUUUUGUUCAUCUCUUUCCUGCACGGAUAUCUCCAAACAGUAAUAAAAAUAAUAAUGAACGUCAA